CGUCUCUCAAUCUCUAUUUUCCUUCAAAAAAACCUCUCCUUUUCAUUCCCUCUUUGAAAUCCAUUUUCUCUCUCAUUUUCCCUCUCUUUCUCUCUUUCCUUCGCAGAAAUUAGUAUCCAAAGACCCUUUUCUCUGAUUCCCUCUACUCUUGCUUGUUCUCUUGAAUUUGUUCUGAUUCUUGAAUCCAAACCCAUCUUUUCUUUCUUUUUUUUUUUGCCCAACCCUUUUGUGGGUUUGCUUCAUUUUCACUUGAAGAUAUUUUUCUUGUUUGCUUCUUUCAAUUAAAUGAUGGGGUUUUCAAAGAAGACUCAAGUGGAUUCUGGUUUAGACUCGAAAGGGAAAAAAUGGGUAAUUGCUGGAAUCGCUAUUAGAACUUCAUUGAAGCCUAUAAGCACGAAACCAAGAGGAAAAAGCAGUGACGAAGGUGAAGAUGAUGAGGAGUGUUCUACAACCCCGACUGCAAAAGAAGCAAGAAUACCGGAGAGAUUGCCCUGCCCGCCGGCUCCAAGGAAGCGUCGGCCUUCUUCGACGUGCAAAAACAACGGUGCUAGAGAGUUCUUUACUCCUCCUGAUUUGGAAUCUGUAUUUAAGUGCUAUGUUGAGAAAGCAAAUUGAAAGACUUGCACUUAGCCUAAAAACAAGAGUCGAACUAGAGCUUAGAGAUUUCUUCCUUUUUUUUUUCCCUCCUUUUACUAUUAAUAUUAAUUUUUCUCUCUGUUUUCAUGUUUUGGUAGCGAUUAGUGAUUAGGAGCUGAAGCUGUACACAGAUAAGAUAUUCGAUGAAAUGAUUAGUCUAGUUUGGUUUAGCUUGUCUUGGUUAAUGUGAAGUUUCUCUUGCACUUGUUGAUUUCACCACCAAAACUUGAAGAUUUCAUGAGAUUUUUGGCACCAAAAGCAAGCUUAAGCAGCGUGAAUCAGGCAUUAUCAGGUUAAUUACUUUUGAUGGGUUUAGUUUCAAAGUGGUAUGGGCACUGCAGAGUGUAGAGGCAGAGAUGGUACCUUCAAUUUAUCUUCUGCCUAUUCUCUGUAAAGCCAAUCAUUUAUAAACCCACUCUGGUCAUUC